CAUGCAAUUCGGGGGGGUGUCGCGUUUUCCGCUCGUGCGCGCGCGCGUGUAAAGUGAUCGGCCGCGCGGAUCGGCGUUCGUCACUCGCGCGUCUCCACGUGAUGUCAUAGCCGGAGCGGCUCCGCGUGGAUGACAUGCGGGUUGAUGACAGCUAGGACAGUGCAGCCUGCCUGCUCCAUUCGGUCUAUCCCGUUUCUCUUUCACGGCGACGAUCGAUUUUCGCCGCCGCAUCCACCCGCACCCUACGCCUAACGCGCGCGCGGCUCUCGCCGUUUUUAACGAGGCAGGCAGAGGCGGGCAUGCACAUUCGCAUCGUGCUCUAUUUUCAGAUGAAUUAUUGAUGAAGAUCGAACUGUCGUGAUUACGCGUACGCAUAUCGCGUCCGAGCCCGCGUAUCGUUAAGCGAUAUUUGUCGAACGAGGGAGGGUUGUUUUUGCCACCGUCCUCGCAAUUAAUCCAUUAUUUCGGAAGCGCGAAAUUGAAGAAAGGUCAAACAGUAUAUCGUCGCUAAACUUAUUAUUUUAAUUCAACGCUGUCUGGCUUAUCGCCAGAGAUUACUUGUUCCACUUGAAACACACAUAUUGUAGUCGCGUGAUAGACGAAAGUAAACUGUAUAUUUUUAAGUAUUAACUUGAUAGGUUCACGAAUAAUAAACGGUUGCGAAAUAUUAUUUAUGGGUGUUAAACCUCUCGCAGUAUCGGUUUGUUAUCCUCCUCGCACGUAUGAAUAGAAAAAUAGCAGAGAAUAUGUAAACGUCGGAAGUUAUCUCAUUCCGCAAGGCAAACUUGUUUCUUUCGCGAUACAGACGACGCAUGCGAAAGAAAUCGAGAGUUUCUCUCUUCCUAUCUUCUCUGAUUCAUUAAAUAUUGAAUCAUUAAAGCUCAUCCAUAAAUUUAAUUUCCAGCGCGAAUGCAUGGCAAUGGAAAAUCAUCUGGAGGAGGGAAAGAAAAGUUUUCCGUGACUUAUAGAUCUUUAUUUUCAUUAUCUCGCGAUAAGACGCCGAUCCUUAUUAUCCUGAUCUUAUUGAAUCGACGAUCGCUACGCGCACACGCGUCGCGAUAUCAGCCUGAGAAAAAUCGCAUUGAUAAGGCGGGAUUUUGGCAGACGCUUGUGUCUCGUGCCGUCGUGCACUUCGCGUCUGCAAAUCGUCCGCGAGAAUCAGCGAGUGCGCGCUGCUUUCUCCGUCCACCUCCUCCGCCGCUGUCUUCUCUUCUCUCCGUCCCGUGCGCGGGUUUAGGAAAUGUAGGUCUAGCCUGCCUAUACUUUCUUCGUGGCAGUCUACUUUCCACGUGCAGUAGGUCCUCGCCGGGCUCGUCUCGAAGGCGAUUCUCGUCGCAAUUUCGCGAGGCCGUUCCCGCGAUUCGGUGCCGUCGUCGGUGUUCUUUCUCUCUAUCGAAUUCUUACGACCUGGCGAGACCGACCUCGUCAGCUGGUGAAAAAGAAGGGCCUACCCUCUUUUCGCAAAAAUUCGCGGAUCAGGACAAUUUGCGAGUGAGUGUGGAACGUGAAUCGUAAAGUGUCGUUCGUCCUCGUCACUCACGAAAAGCCACGACGCUUUGUGUUCUUGUGGGAGAUUUUCUAAAGAAAAUAAAUAUUGAUGGUCCUCUUUUCUUGUUGCAUUCUGUUGAGCGUUUGUUAGCGAGUCUUCUGCUUCCUCCGACGUUUGCAGGGCUUCGCAGCCCCAUUUCGAUUCGCGGCCUUCGCGCCGAGGUGAAAUUGGUGAACAGAACCCGAGGGGGGGACAGCGAAGGAUAAGAAAGUUAAAUUAUUUGUUACAUGCUGGAAUUGAAACAAACUUUCUGUUCAAGGCAGCUCGAUUUCUUUAGUAUAAUGAUAAUUGACGAUAAUCCCCAUUGCGACGAAUGCAAAUCAACCGGACGCCAUAUACGAAGGGACGUCUAUUUUAAAAUAUAUCUAUUUCGCGAAUAGAUUAAGAUGAACUUGAAAAUAAAAAAUAUUGUGCAGUAAAAACGUCGUAGACUCAAGGGUUUUAUUUUACGGAAAUCCCGCGUUAAUCAUGUGUGCGCGAUUGUGUAACGCAAAGGCUAUUACUUUGUGUUUGUUUCAUUUUAUCAUCUGCAAUCAUCUGUAUAAUCACGCUCGUUACCGCUAACCAAUUACCGAAUAAUAUGACCUUUUAUCGUAGCGUCGUUUAUUAUCAAAGUAUAAUUUAACUUUUCCUCAUAUGACGAAAGGGUUCGUGUUUGCGAGGAAGCUUUUUCACGUGUUCUCUAAAAUAUAAAAUUUCUGGCAGCAAAUUUUAUUUCACCUUCGUUUACGUUAUCAGCUGAUUAUAUUAUCGGUCUGCGAUCGAUUAUAUUAUAUUUCCAAGUCCAACUAGAGUCCAUAGAAUAAGAAAUUAUUUUUUAGCAGGCGCGCCUACGACACCCUCUUGGUGGAUUAUUAACUUCAUAAUUUUCUAAAUAAACGGUUUCCUAACAUCAUCUGAAAAUGUCGGACGUUGAAGGUGAUGACGAGUUUCAAGAUGCUCAGGAAUCAUUACCACAACUCGCGUCUAUGGAUUUGGAUACAGCGAUAAUGGAGUCGAAAAAGGCCAUUCACUGUUUCUUUAAUAAUAACUUCGAUGAGGCGAGAAAAAUCAUGGAGCCAUGGGCGGACAGCAGCAUGUACCAUUCUCUGGGGACUAGCGUGUUUGCGUUUUUAGAGGCGAUCCUUACAUUCGAACAAAAACACAUCGAAAAGGCGUCGGAGAUGUUGAAGCAGUGUAUGAGUGUGUGCUCUAAACAUCGAAAGCACACCACUAUUACGCAAAACAUCGGGAAAAUAGUCAAGAAGAUUAAUUAUGAUACGUAUACAAAUGAGGAAGUGCAUGCGGAACUCUGUUAUGCUGAGUCGCUCCUUUUAAAAUCGAUGCUUACGUUUGUGGAGGACGAGACUCUGGUCAGUUUUGUCAAGGCAGGAUUGAAAAUUCGUACCUGUUUUCUGUCAUACAAGGAAUGCAUGACGAUUUUGAAAACCCGAAAGUGGGGAGAUGACAUUCACAAAGUGCAUUUUGAAAGCGGUGUUCGCAUGGGUAUCGGCGCGUUUAAUUUGAUGAUUUCACUGUUACCGGCACGUAUUAUUAAAUUGUUAGAGUUUAUUGGAUUUUCUGGUGAUAAGGAAUAUGGUUUAACGGAAUUAAAAGCGGGCUUCAGCGAGAGGAGAGGCCUGCGACAAAUCCUAUGCGUAAUGACUCUGCUGGCCUACAAUUUGGUAGUUACCUUUGUACUGAGUCACUCAGAUGGCGAUCUGGAUUGGUGCGAGCGGGUGUUAGAGCAGGAGCUAAGCAUCUAUCCGAAUGGUGUGUGGUUUUUGUUUUUCAAGGGAAGGCUGGAACUUACGAGGGGCAACUUCGAAGAGUGCAUAAACUGGUAUAUAAAGUCAUGGAAGAGUCAGAACGUUUGGCCGCAAUUUCAUCAUCUUUGUUAUUGGGAAUUGAUGUGGACUCACUGCAUUAUGCAGCAGUGGAACAUGGCGGUUACGUACUCUACAAUGCUAGUUAAUGAGUCCAACUGGUCGCGUACCUUUUACUUAUAUCAGAAGGCCGCGAUUCUUGUUAUGCAGAAACCGUUAGUUUGGAGCGAAGAAAAACAGCUGGUUGACAAUCUGAUGACGCAGGUGCCGAUUUACAAGCAACGUAUCGCCGGAAAGUCGCUACCGAUGGAGAAGUUUGUGAUCAAGAAAGCGGAACGUUACUUCGCACAAAAGAAGAAUCUAAUUCUUCCCGUAUUUGAGCUUAUGUACGUGUGGAAUUUCUUUAGAAUAAUAGGCAAGCGACAAGACGUGAUGUUAAAUAUAUUUAAGAGGAUAGAAGAGGAAGAGAAGGAACUCAAAAAGGCCUCAAAAAGUCAAUAUUACGCGGACAACGAAGCGCUCUUGUUACUAUUGAAAGGCGCCUGUCUACGGCAAAUGCAGCAUCCUUUAUUGGCGGAAGAAUGUCUGCGGCGCGUUUUACAACUGGAAAAGUCUGUCAAAGAGGACACAUACUUAUUUCCUCAUGCCACUGUAGAAUUGGCAUUAUUGGCACGAGAUCAGGGUGAUAUUCAGCUAGCUAUAGGCUUUUUGGAAGACGCCAAGAAAAAUUACACAGGCUAUUCACUGGAAUCUAAAUUGCACUUCAAAAUACAUGCGGAAUUGAUGACGUUGAACAACAAGAAGACGAACAAUCAUACCAUAAAGAAGCACGAGAACGAUCAUCGGCUAGAAACAACUAUCGCCAAUAAUAGCGUUAUUAUCGCGAGUCAAAGUGCUGAUGAAAUUAAGACAUAG